UAAAUACUUGAUGAGAAUAUGUGACAGCUGCUUUAUGAUGGUAAUAAGACCCUACAGGUGUUGGAAUCUGACCUGGAGUCGCCAUGACAAUGGAAUAAUUAUGGCAGGAUGUUCUAGGUCUUCCUGCAUGGACUUUAGCAUCUGACACAAAGCAGGAAGCAGCCGCUGAGCUCUAGGAGGUGACAUGACCAAGUUCCUGUCCCAGGAUGACAUUCAAAAAUUCAAAGAAUGUUUUUCCCUGUACGAUAAGAAGGGAAAAGGCAAGAUUCCUACUAAGGACCUGCUGACCGUCAUGCGUUGCCUGGGGGCAUGUCCCACCCCCAGUGAAGUCAGUCGUCAUCUGCAGCAUCAAAACAUUGCUAAAGAUGGGGAGGUGGAAUUCUCUACAUUUUUGACCAUCAUGUACCGCCAACAAAAGCAGGAAGACCCAGAGAAUGAGAUCCUUGUAGCCAUGUUGAUGACUGACCAGCAAAAGAAAGGCGUAAUCCCACUGGCUGAGCUCAAGUCCAAACUUACCCUCAUGGGUGAGAAGUUAACGCCGGAGGAAGUUGACGAUCUUCUCCGAGAUGCUGAGGUGGGCCCUGAUGGGAUGGUAAAAUAUGAAGCCUUUGUCCGGAAGAUCACACUCCCCGUGCCUGACUACUGAACCACAGGCACUCUGAUAGGC